GCGCGCAGAAAGGGGCGGGGCCGCGCGGAGUCAGCGCAGGCAGGGAUGAGAAACUUGUCCCGGAUAUUUACCUACUUUACCUGGCUCCUCCGACAGGCCCCGUUCCGAGGUUUUCUCCGCGCACACUCCGGAGGGAUAUGACCCGUCUCUGAAGCGGCACCACUGAGAAACAGGCCUGCCAGAUCCAGUAAUCGGUUCACCUGGAAAUUGAGGACUGCACACAUGUAAGUCCCCUCUCGGUGACAGGCUGAGGGCAGGGCGUUUGUCUUGAGAGGGAGGCAGAGUUACCCUGGUAACAGACAUGCCAAAACCGGACCUGCUCUGCCUGGUUCAGCUGCUGGACGGCACUAUCGAGACCUUCAGAGUCAGUAAGCAGGAUGAAGGCGUGGUUCUGUUGGACCUAGUAUGCGACCACCUGCGCCUGCAGGAGAGGCAGCUCUUCAGUCUGCAGAUCAGAGAAUCCAGCACAGCCAUUGCCUCUAUCACAGCCAACACACACUCUCCAAGAUGGUUGGAGCCCGAGAAGCCCUUGAAGAAGCAGAUAAAAGGCCUCGUGUCCCCCUUUUAUCUGAACUUUAGAGUACGAUUCUUCAUCUCUGAUCCCAACUCUCUGCAGGAUGAACAGACAAGGCACCUGUACUUCCUCCAGAUCAGGAGUGACAUUAGAGAAGGACGGUUGCAGUGCCCACUGAGCGCAGCUGUAGUGCUGGCUUCUUAUGCUGUGCAGUCGGAAAUGGGAGAUCAUUGUCCGUCCUGGCUCCCUGGUUACCUCUCAAAAUGGCACUUCAUCCCUGAACAGGAUGAAGACUUCCUAUCUAAAGUGGAGGAUCUGCAUCCACAACACAAAGGGCUUAAGAAGAGCGAUGCAGAGCUCUGUUUUCUCAACACAGCACGGACGCUAGAGUUGUACGGAGUGGAGCUGCAUGCUGCCACGGACACCAACAAUGCCCCUCUCAUGGUGGGUUUGGCUUCAAGUGGUGUUGCAAUAUUUUGUAAUAUGAUUUGCUCCAGUUUCUUCCCGUGGGGGAACAUCAUCAAGAUUUCUUUUAAGAGGAAACGCUUUGAUAUACAUCUGAAACAAAAGCACGGAGAAACCCAGGACUGUGAGAUGUCUCUGCUUCUGCCCUGCCCCAAGACCUGUAAGAACUUGUGGCGAUCCUGCGUGGACCAUCACUGCUUCUUUUCCUCUAACCGCUCUCCCAGGAGCUCCAGGCUGAAAAACACCACACUUCAGUCCUACAGAAAGCUGAUCACACAGCACCUAGGCCUGGGCAACAGUAAACCUGAAAGUGGGCCAGUCUGCCAGCGAGUGGUCGGGGGGAUGGUGUGGAACCCAGUCCUGAGGAGGUCGCUGUCAUCGGAGCACCUGGAGACCAAGAGUCUGCCCUCCAGAUCGCCCCCGAGCACCCCCAACUGGCGAAGUCCUCGAGUUCGCCACGGCAUCCGUAAACCUCGCCCGUCCUCGAUGGAGCUGACCACUGACCUGAAAGACAUGUCAGAGGGGGAAGAUGUCUUCUACACAUACCGGGCGUCUGUGAGCAGCUCCAAGACCAGUGAGGGGCAGGGUUCACCUCAGCACAUUUCUGGCGAUUAUAACCCAGCGACAGAUGACAUUUCACUGCAAGCCGAUGACAGCAUAACAGACGAGGAUAGCUUACCCCAGUUCAAUAAGGGUGCUCCCGGUGACGGUGACUUGAUGCUAAUAUGCAUUGCCCCCGAUAAGGAGGGCAAGUUUGGCUUUAAUGUUAAGGGUGGCGUUGAUCAGAAGAUGCCUCUAGCCAUAUCGCAUGUUAAACCCGACUCGCCGGCAGAUCGAAGCGACCCCAAACUCAUGGAAGGAGACCUGGUGGUGCUAAUCAAUGGUCGAGACAUUUCUGAACACACACAUGACCAGGUUGUCAUGUUCAUACGAGCCAGCAGAGAGUCGCACACCAGGCAGCUGACCUUGCUCAUCAGACGUAAAGGUCCUGGCCGGGGUACACCCCUGCUGCAUUCGCUGCCCACCCUCACGCUCAACAUCCAACCACAGGAAGAAAAGCCACGCUCACCUGGCCCGUCAGAGCGCCCCCCCACACUGGAGGAAUCCAUGAGGCAACUAGAGAGGGGGAUACAGACAGGCUCACUCUGUUUCCAUUUCGAGAAUUUAUACAGGAGGAAGCCCGGUUUGACACUGAGCUGUGCUCGGAUCCCUGAGAACGUGGAGAAGAAUCGAUAUAGGGAUAUUUUGCCUUAUGACACUACCAGAGUGGUGCUACAGGGUAAGGAGGAUUAUAUCAAUGCCAGCCACAUCACGGUGGCGCCCCCAGUGUCUGGUGUAUGUUUACGUUACAUUGCAGCUCAGGGUCCACUACCACAGACCUUCACUCACUUUUGGCAGACUGUUUGGGAGCAACAGACACACACCAUCAUCAUGCUUACGACUCUAACAGAGAGGGGACGGACCAAGUGCCACCAGUACUGGCCGCAUCCGCCUGAAACCAAGGAUUAUGGGCCCAUGCGAGUGAAGUGCCACUCGGAGGAGUGUAACCUGGCGUAUGUGACGCGGCAGUUCACCCUGACACACACAGAGCUGGGAGAGGAACGUGCAGUCACACACCUGCAGUAUGUCGCGUGGCCGGACCACGGCGUACCGGACGACCCUUCAGACUUCCUGCUGUUCAUCAGCUCGGUCAGGGAGAGGAGGAAAGGUGAAGAGCCACUAAUGGUACACUGCAGCGCUGGGAUUGGGCGGACAGGUGUUCUGAUCACCAUGGAAACGGCGCUGAGUCAGUUGGACCAGGGUCAGCCAGUGUCCCCACUGGACAUUGUCAAAACACUGAGAGAUCAACGAGCCAUGAUGGUUCAGACCACGUGUCAGUUCCAGUUUGUGUGUGAAGCCAUUCUGCGAGUCUACAAAGAGAAACAGGAGAAAGCUGCAGCACCGUAACCCAAAUCAGCGCCAGGACCAGACAACCGCACUUUUCUGCCUCUUUUCAUAGCAGACGACUUCCACAGAGAGAUCUACAGAGCUAGAAAAAAACACAAACAAACAAAAACAGAUAAGACUCUUAUAGGACAGGAGCACAGACAUGGAUAAUGAGAGUGAACCUAGCUGCACAGCUGUUUGUGAUCUGCCUGUCUGUGCAAGAAUAUGAAUCUUACACCUUAGCCGGCCUUAGUUUCUGCUGAAAGUGCAUUAAGUUUAUAGAGGCUCUGGUCUCCAUAGAGACUGAUGUAAGACUGACGUGAGCUGCUGCUAAUUUCUGAAGAAGAGGCCACUCUGGUUUGGUGCCUCUGCCUAUUAAGCUACAUGUGCCUUAGACUGAUGCUUCUCAGUCAGUGGAUCAAACGGAGGGGGGGGAGCAGAAGCUGACUGGGAUCAUUGUAAUCUGUAGUCUGUCCGUGAGUCCAGAGAUGAAGAUUAAGGCUGACCUUAGAUCACUACAGCAGAAAAAGUCAUGGUGGUGCAACACGCCAAGUUGAGCACCGUCCAUCACUAUUAAAUUAUUAAAGACACACAAUAAACACUGAUUUAUACCCA